UUUUGAUAAAGUUUCUGUUUUUAGGAAUCUGGGUUUAUUACUCUGUUCUUGAUUCUGUUUUUGCAAUGGAUAGUCUUUUAUCUCCAAAGGGUGUUAACUAUGAAGUGGCUGCGUUAAUGUCAGUGAAGAAUAAGAUGAAAGAUGAGAAAGAUGUUUUGUCUGGUUGGGAUAUAAACUCUGUUGAUCCUUGUACUUGGAACAUGGUUGGUUGUUCCUCUCAAGGUUUUGUGGUUUCUCUAGAGAUGGCUAGUAAAGGAUUAUCAGGGAUAAUAUCUAGUAGUAUUGGGGAAUUAACUCAUCUUCAUACAUUAUUACUGCAGAAUAAUCAGUUAACCGGUCCGAUUCCUUCUGAGUUAGGCCAACUUUCUGAGCUCGAAACGCUUGAUUUAUCGGGGAAUCGGUUUAGUGGAGAAAUCCCAGCUUCUUUAGGGUUCUUGACUCACUUAAACUACUUGCGGCUUAGCAGGAAUCUUUUAUCCGGGCAAGUCCCUCACCUCGUCGCUAGCCUGUCAGGUCUUUCUUUCUUGGAUCUAUCAUUCAACAAUUUAAGCGGACCAACACCGAAUAUAUUAGCAAAAGACUACAGGAUCGUAGGAAAUGCAUUCCUUUGUGGUUCAGCUGCCCAAGAGCUUUGCUCAGAUGCUACACCUGUGAGGAAUGCGACGGGUUUGUCUGAAAAAGACAAUAGCAAACAUCACAGCUUAGUGCUUUCUUUUGCAUUUGGCAUUGUUGUCGCCUUUAUCAUCUCUCUAAUGUUUCUCUUCUUCUGGGUGCUUUGGCAUCGAUCACGUCUCUCAAGAUCGUAUGUGCAGCAAGACUACGAAUUUGAGAUCGGGCAUCUGAAGAGGUUCAGUUUUCGCGAAAUACAAACCGCAACAAGCAAUUUCAGUCCAAAAAACAUUCUGGGACAAGGAGGAUUCGGGAUGGUUUAUAAAGGGUAUCUCCCAAAUGGAACUGUUGUGGCGGUUAAAAGAUUGAAAGAUCCGAAUUAUACUGGAGAAAUUCAGUUUCAAACCGAAGUCGAAAUGAUUGGCUUAGCAGUUCACCGUAAUCUUUUACGUCUCUUUGGAUUUUGUUUGACACCAGAAGAAAGAAUGCUUGUGUAUCCAUAUAUGCCAAAUGGAAGCGUGGCUGAUCGCCUGAGAGGUCAUAAGAUGAUUGAUCAAGGCAAUGGUCAAGUUCGAAAAGGAAUGAUUUUAAGCUGGGUAAGGACAUUGAAAGCAGAGAAGAGAUUUGCAGAGAUGGUGGACAGAGAUUUGAAAGGAAAGUUUGAUGAUUUGGUAUUGGAGGAAGUUGUGGAAUUGGCUUUGCUUUGUACACAGCCACAUCCGAAUCUAAGACCGAGGAUGUCUCAAGUGUUGAAGGUUCUUGAAGGUUUAGUGGAACAGUGUGAAGGAGGGUAUGAAGCUAGAGGUCCAAGUGUCUCUAGGAAUUACAGUAAUGGUCAUGAAGAGCAUUCCUUUAUUGUUGAAGCUAUUGAGCUCUCUGGACCACGAUGAGACUUCAUAGUGUAUUAAUUGGUUUUGUUGUCAUUGUCAUUAACUGUAAAUUGCUGGUUUUCUUAGAACUCAUUUUUAUUCUUUUCUUCUAAAAUAAAAGAAGUUUAAAAAA